UUGAACAAAAUAAUCCCUCCAUUUUUCUGAAGGUAUGGGGAAUAAUAUUUCAUUUUUCUCCUCACCAGAACAGCCUUAAGUGCUGCGAUUAGAGAAGUUACCUGUGGGAAGGUGGUUAAGCGAUUAGAUAAAGGGAAAGAAAAGACAUCAAAAUAAAGUACUGCGGAGGAAUUUUUGUCAAGCUGUGAGGCGACGCAGUGAGAAGAGUGAAGGCGAUUGAGAGGGGCUCAGGGAAUUGUCCCCUGUGCCAGGGACUUUCUUUAGGCCCCAGGCCCCUGCCUACCCCUGUCGUCAGCAGAUGAAGAAGAUUAGGCCAGAAUGGUUUAGUGAUCCCAGAAGACAUAGCUAGUUGGUGUCAUGCCGGAACUCAGACUCAGACUUCUGACUUCAGUUCAGAGCUCUUCCUACUGCCUCAGAGAGAUGGAAACCUUGAUGACUGGUUCCACCUUGCCUCCCCUUUUUGCAGAUGAAGAUGGCUCCAAGGAGAGUAAUGAUCUGGCUACAACUGGGAUAACCCACCCAGAGGUUCCAUAUAGUAGUGGAGCCUCAUCAUCCACAAAUAAUCCAGAAUUUGUUGAGGACCUCUCCCAAGGUCAGUUGCUUCAGAAUGAGUCUUCAAAUACAGCAGAAGGCAAUGAACAGAGGCACGAAGAUGAGCAAAGAAGUAAACGAGGAGGUUGGUCCAAAGGAAGAAAGAGGAAGAAACCUCUUCGAGACAGCAAUGCACCCAAAUCCCCCCUUACAGGAUAUGUUCGGUUCAUGAACGAGCGUCGAGAACAGCUUCGAGCAAAAAGACCAGAAGUCCCAUUUCCAGAAAUUACAAGGAUGUUAGGCAAUGAAUGGAGUAAACUUCCUCCAGAGGAAAAACAGCGCUACCUUGAUGAAGCAGACAGAGAUAAGGAGCGUUACAUGAAGGAACUGGAGCAGUAUCAGAAGACUGAGGCCUACAAGGUUUUCAGUAGGAAAACCCAGGACCGUCAGAAAGGCAAAUCUCAUAGGCAAGAUGCAGCCCGACAGGCCACUCAUGAUCAUGAGAAAGAAGCAGAGGUAAAGGAACGGUCUGUUUUUGACAUCCCUAUAUUUACAGAGGAAUUCCUGAACCACAGCAAAGCUCGGGAGGCAGAGCUCCGUCAGCUUCGAAAAUCCAACAUGGAGUUUGAGGAGAGGAACGCAGCCCUGCAAAAGCACGUGGAGAGCAUGCGCACAGCGGUGGAGAAGCUGGAGGUGGACGUGAUCCAGGAGCGGAGCCGCAACACCGUCUUACAGCAGCACCUGGAGACCCUGCGGCAGGUGUUGACAAGCAGCUUCGCCAGCAUGCCCUUGCCUGGAAGUGGAGAGACACCUACAGUGGACACUAUCGACUCCUAUAUGAACAGACUGCACAGUAUUAUUUUAGCUAAUCCCCAAGACAAUGAAAACUUCAUAGCUACAGUUCGAGAAGUUGUGAACAGGCUUGAUCGUUAGGGAAUGGUCUUAGAGCUCCAAGAUGUUCUGUAAGUGGUUUUACUUGUUUGGAAUGAGAAGCCAUCCAUGGAAAUUUGAAUUGAGUGGAGGCAGGGAGGGAGUACAGAUUACACUGCUUGUGAAGGAACUGUCAGUUGAGUUAAAUGCCUUCACCCCAGGAAGCCAUAUGAGGGAGCAACAAAAGGAACAUGUAUGUGAACUUCCUAUGGAAUCAUCCUCGUGAAGCUUUGACCGUGUACAGCCACUCUCCCAAGUCUUCAGUUUCCUAUCAUUUCUAUUUCUGUUAAAGUGGGUCUGCAUAUAUUCUGCUGACCAGGCGCCCCUGAGACUGGCAUCUUCUGCAGCAGAAAGGAAGCCUUCUUAUUGUUCUGCUUCAUUCAGAUUAGACUCUUUUAUCAGUGGCUCUGUGGUUUUUAUCAGUGGUUUUCCUACCUUGCUGUCACUUUUUUUUAAUAACCCCCACUUGUGGGGGUUAUUUUUUUAUUUCCUUCACCCCCACCAAGCUAGACACCUCCAUUUUCUGACCUCUUGGCUUUGUUGCUCAGCAGGGUUCUGAAGGAGA